CCUAGUAUUACUAGCCUUCCUAAAAGUCAAAUAACAUCAAACAAAGAAGACAAAUGUCUUUCAUCCAUGUUACAGUUUCGUUAGAAACUAGGCUGCAAAAAAAAAUCAUCCUAUGAUGCUCUGUUUUCUUCACAGAAACAAUUAGUAGCAGCCAUGGUAUUCCAUGAUCGAAAGCUGAUCUUUGAAUCACUUGAUAAUUCUACUGGUAAAAAUUGUAGCAGUUAUUAUUGUAACCCAAAAGAGAAUCUUUCUCGAAUUUGUCCAAUUUCAUGUAUGUAUAUUUGUUACCCAAUUUGUAGUUUUCCCCUGUUUUCUGAAAUCGAACCACCAUUGCCACCAAACUUUUUCACCCCCAAAGUUCCUAUUUCUCAAUCUCCACAUAAACCCAUUAUUUCCAUCUUCUUGAUUAUUCUGUUUUCUGUGUUGGCUACUUCUUUCUUCCUUUUUUGUUGCUUCGUGGUUUACAGAAUCCGGAAUGCAAUAAUUUUGUCAAGACCGCAGCAACGAGUUGAAGAAGAAGAAGAGGAGGAGUUUAGUGAUAUUGUUGAUGAAGAUAUUCAUGGACCUAUGGUGGAUCAUCCUAUAUGGUAUAUCAGAACAGCGGGUCUUCAGCCAUCAAUCAUCAGCGCCAUCACGAUUUGCAAGUAUAAAACAGGAGAAGGAAUCAUUGAAGGAACAGAGUGCUCUGUUUGCUUGAGUGAGUUUGAAGAAGAUGAAACUCUUAGGAUUUUGCCAAAGUGUAACCAUGCUUUUCACAUACCUUGUAUUGACACUUGGCUUAGAGCACACACCAAUUGUCCCAUGUGCCGUGCCGGCAUUGUCAUCGCCCCAGCUGCCACUCCAUCCUUGCCUGAACAGAAUUCAGGGCUGAGACAUGAAGAAGAAGCUCAUGCGGGAAUUUCAGAGAAUGCCACGGAAUUAACUCUUGAAAUUGAAAACGAAGGCGAGUCAUUAGAACUAAGUAGUAUGGAUAUCAGUGGAAAUUCCAAGGAAGAUGUGGGGAAUGGUACUAAUGAAGGAGUGUUAAGUGAAUUUAGUGCGACAAGAAGAUCAACAUCAUUCGAAUCUUUAUCUACUGCUUCAGUAUCACAGAGUACUUUGGAUGGUAAUGAGAUGUCAGCAAGAAUGAAAAACCUUUGUUUGGACAGAGUAAUGCAAGAACAGCAAAUGAUAAGAAGAAGCCAGAGUGCUGUUCUUCUUCGGUGAAGGGACGAACAAUUGUUGUUGAAGCUUGGCAACAGCGAAUCGCUUACCAAAUUAAUUCCAUCUCUUUCUUUUCGCCUUUUCUUAGAUAAUCUUUAAAAGUGAUAUCAGACAUAUGAAAAUUCCAAAUGUCGAUGAGAGUUUUCUCUUUCCCUUUCCCUUUCCCUUUCCCCACUCCCCUCCCUUUGAAUAUCAAAAUUAAUACUUCAUAAAAAAGUGAAAAGAAACAGAAUUGUAUCUAUUGCUUUACACUGUAUGAGAUACUGAAUAUUAGUUGUAAUAAGUGUAGUAGUUUGAUGAGGCUGAUGAGAAAUGGAGAUCAGCAAGAGAAAAAAGAAUUUCUCUUAUAUUUGUCAAUGCCAAAG